CACGCAGCCUUGCAGUGAGCACAUAGCGAACUAUUCUUUCGCCUUUUACUAAAGAAUACCGUGUGCGCGCUGCUUUAAAGAGGCAUACGUCUAUUUUUGGAGGGAUAAUCCUUAAUUGGACUGUCCCAACAAUACUUAGUUAAAAUUUAAGAAUUCAAUAAACUUAUAAGCAAUCCUAACUAAAUUCUGAAUCAUAACUUGGUAACUAUCUGUGUCGAAAUGAUUGUUUCUUUUUAGUAUAACAGUGAUCAGAAAUGUUAUAUAUUGACAGUUUGGUGAAUCUAUUGUUGUGUUCUCGUUUCUUUAUGCACAGUUACAAGCUGGAAUAGCAAUAACAUGUCCCUGGUUUUGCAGCUGCUUUCGAACUGAUCGAGCAAAUUUCUGCUUUUCAGAAAUUUACGCGUAGGUUGCUCCCCUUGUUCGUGAAUAGCAGACUGAUUAUCGCAACAACAACAAAAAAGAACCCGUUGGUAUGCAGCUGUAAGAAUUGCAACGAAGGUUGCAUCCGAGGAAGUCAGGUUGUGUGCUUACCAUCUGUCAUGACCAAUUCUUCCUGUCGAGGAAGGGAGAAAAGAACUAAGAGAUCUUUCUUGUAGUUACUGUUAUUUAUUCUAGAGGCCGAAUGGCAUAUAAGCUUGGUCACUAUCUACUGUCUCAUAGUGGUGAAGCCGCCUGCAGUACUAAUGCCCUUGUAAGCAGGAAUUUCAACCUAUAAGUAGCAGAAGAUGGGAGUUACAUUUUUUAUCAACCGGUGCAAUACUGUGAACGUGAGAGCUUCGUCACUGCCAUAUGGCUUCUCGCUUAUGGAUUGUAACGUUUGUGAUUUUCGCGUCCCUGACAACAGUCUGCAGAAGAGUCGAGUCUGCAUAUGAGGCCGAUAGGAUCGUGAAGCUACCAGGGCAGCCAGAGGUUAGCUUCCAGCAGUAUGCAGGGUAUGUGACUAUUGAUGAAACCCAGCAGAGGAAACUGUUCUACUACUUUGUUGAAGCUGAGACCAACUCCACUUCCAAGCCUCUUGUUCUCUGGCUCAAUGGAGGACCUGGCUGCUCUUCUAUCGGAGAUGGAGCUUUCUCCGAACAUGGCCCGUUCAAGCCUGAUGCAGCAGGGAUUCUGGUCCACAAUGACUAUAGUUGGAACAAAGAAGCAAACAUGCUAUACUUGGAAUCCCCAGCAGGAGUUGGAUUCUCAUAUUCUGCCAACACCUCUUUCUAUGAAUUAGUAAAUGACACCAUAACAGCGAGAGACAACUUGGCCUUCUUACAACAAUGGCUAAUCAAGUUUCCUGAAUACAAGAACAGGGAUCUUUAUCUCACCGGAGAAAGCUAUGCCGGACACUAUGUUCCACAGCUAGCCCAGCUAAUUGUGGAGUCGAGAUCAAAUCUCAGCUUGAAAGCCAUAGCGAUAGGAAACCCAUUGUUGGAGUUCAACACAGAUUUCAACGGUAAGGGACAGUACUACUGGUCUCAUGGCUUGAUAUCCGACGAAACCUAUCACCUUGUUAACACAAUCUGCAACACAUCCCAGAUCAGGAGACAGGCUGCGGAUGGCAUUCUUUCUGAGCAGUGUAAAAUGGUUGCAAAUCAACUUGCUGCAGAAAUUCCUAGAAGAAACUUUGAUAUUUAUGAUGUUACUUCUGAUGUUUGCAUAUCAGAAAGUGAUUCACCGGAAAAGCACUCUUCAUUAGCUGCCAGUUUCCAUCCAUUUUCAUCGCUCAAAUCCAACCAAGGCUCUCUCAGAAAGCUGGAAGCCGGAGAGUCCAUAGACCUCUGUGUAGAAGAUGAGACACACACUUAUCUGAACAGGAAAGAUGUCCAACAAGCUAUGCAUGCCAAGCUUGUAGGCAUCCCCGGCUGGAAGGACUGCAGCAGUGUCAUGAAUUAUGAUCAUAACAACUUGGAGAUUCCGACAGUUGGAAUCUUAGGCUCAUUGGUGGGAUCGGGGAUUCGAGUACUAGUCUACAGCGGGGAUCAAGAUUCGAUUCUCCCAUUCACGGGGACAAGGAUUCUGGUGAAUCGUUUGGCUACAGAGAUGCGACUGAACACAACCGUACCUUACAAAGCAUGGUUUGAUUAUGACAAACAGGUGGGUGGAUGGACCCAAGUUUAUGGGGAGAACAAUAAGUUGUCAUUUGCAACCAUCAGAGGAGCCUCUCACCUGGCUCCAACCUCCUCGCCGAAGAGAUCGCUUGCAUUAUUUGCAGCAUUUGUUGCUGGGAAACCAUUGGCCACUUGAUAUCUCUCAAACUUUGAAUCUGUCCAAGCUGUAAUUUCAAUUAUCUUGAGGCAACUAUUCUGCCUAUCUUGUAUUAUCACUGACUCAAUGUCACAUUGGAAUCAAGAAAACACAAGAAAUAAUAGUGCUUUCUUGUAGUUUGCUGUUAAUUAGUUUACUGCUAUUUUUCUAGAGGCCGAAUGGCAUAUAAGCUUGGUCACUAUCCUACUGUCUCAUAGUGGUGAAGCCGCCUGCAGUACUACCGUCUUCUAAACAGGAAUCCCAUCUCUAAAUAGCAGAUGGGAAUCAUAUUUCCUAACAACCGUACAAUUCUUUGAACGUAAGAGCUUCUUCACCACCAUAUAUGGCUCCUCACGUAUGGAUCGUACCGUUCAUGAUUUUCGAUUGCUUGACAACUAUCUGCAGAAGAAUUGAGUCAGCAUAUGAACCCGAUAGGAUCGUGAAGCUACCUGGACAACCAAAGGUCAGUUUCCAACAGUAUGCAGGAUACGUAACCGUCGAUAAAACCCAGCAGCAGGAACUGUUCUACUACUUUGUUGAAGCCGAUACCAACUCAACUUCCAAACUAACUCAUCCUUCCAUCAUUAGUUCAUUAUAUUGUUAGAAGACUGGUUUUAUAUGUUUUCAACUGAUGAAGAUGAACAGAAAAUUUGUAUUUGUUGUAUGUACUGAAUGACAUUCCUUGACAUCAAGACCUGGUUGCUCUUCUGUCAGAGAUAGAGCUUUCUCUAAACACAGCCCGUUCAAGCCAAAUGCAGCAGGGAUUCUUCUGUCGGAGAUUGGAACAAAGGUGCUCAAAUCUCUUUUACUGUUCUCCACUUUAUUUAAUUUUUUGUAACUGGAAUUGGAACCGGCAUUUUGAUGUGUUACUCAUGUUGGCUGCUGCAGAAGCAAACAAGCUAUACUUGGAAUUGCCAGCAGGAAUUGGAUUCGCCUACUCUGCCAACACCUCUUUCUAUAAAUUAGUAAAUGACACCAUCACUGGUUAGUCUGAAAAUUGAACUAAUCUCUAUAUUCUCAAACUCGAAUAACUUGUCAGAUUGACAGUGUAACUGCGUUGGUUGUCUUCCUAUUAUCAGCGAAGCACAACUUCGCUUUCCUACAAAAAUGACUAAUCAAGUUUCCUGAAUACAAGAACAGAGAUCUUUAUCUCGCCGGAGAAAGCUAUGCCGGUAUGUAGUUUCUGAGUCCAUUGCUCAGAAACACUCGUAAUUCAAAUCUUAGAAUUCUGAUACUGAUGUAUUAUUUCACCAAUAGGACAAUGUCUCACAACUAGCCCAGCUAAUUUUGGAGUCACAAUCAAAUCUCGGCUUGAAAGCCAUAGUGGUUUGUUCAUGCCACAAAAGAAUUCAACCGUGCAUACAAGGGCUGGUUUGAUUGUGACAAACAGGUGGAUGGAUGGACACAAGUCUGUGGGGGGAACAAUAAGUUAUCAUUUGCAACCAUUAGAGGAGCCUCUCACAUGGCUCCAUUCUCCUCUCCUACGAGGUCUCUGCAUUAUUUGCAGCAUUUGUUGUUGGGGGACCAUUGGGAGCUUGAUCUCUCAUUAGUCUGCAAAUUAUCCACAACUGUAAUUCUAAUCUUCUUGACUUGUGGGUUUGAUGUCAUUUAUUGUACUAAAGAAAUCAAUUUCCU